ACUAAACGUGCAGGUAAACAGUAAAAGCAAAAAAGCCAUCAUAAACAUGGUUAAGCAAACCAUUGAAAUAUUUGCCCGUGUGAAACCGACGAAGAAACCCACCUCGGAGUACUUUGCGGAUUGUGAUGAGCAGGGCGGUAGUUUACUGUUUUUGGUUCCCAGAGAUGCGGCUGAUGGUUUUAUCAACAAUAAGAGGGAAAACUACAAAUUCAGGUUUCAGAAAGUGUUUGACCAAACAGCCAGUCAAGAAGAAGUUUUUGAAAACAUUGCAAAACCUGUUGCUGAUAAUGUGCUGGCAGGUUAUAAUGGCACCAUAUUCGCCUAUGGCCAGACAGGAAGUGGGAAGACCUUUACAAUCACUGGAGGAGCAGAGCAUUACAAUGACAGAGGGAUCAUCCCCAGAACUCUUUCUUACCUAUAUCGCUAUUUCAGUAUGAACAACACAAUGAUUUAUACAACCCACAUAUCUUACCUGGAAAUCUACAAUGAGUCUGGCUAUGAUCUACUGAAUCCCCAACAUGAGGCAUCUCGUCUAGAGGAUUUACCGAGGGUUACAAUCAUGGAAGACCCAGACCAGAACAUUCAUCUCAAGAACCUGUCAUUACUGCAGUCAGCCAAUGAAGAGGAAGCUUUGAAUUUGCUAUUUUUAGGAGACACUAAUCGUAUGAUUGCAGAGACUCCUAUGAACCAGGCUUCAACACGGUCUCAUUGCAUAUUUACCAUUCACCUGUGCAGCAAAGAGCUGGGCUCAGCCAGAGUACGAUGCUCGAAGCUGCACCUAGUGGACCUUGCUGGGUCUGAAAGAGUGGGAAAGACAGGUGUGGGAGGUCAGAUCCUAACAGAAGCAAAAUAUAUCAACCUCUCACUUCAUUACUUGGAGCAGGUCAUCAUAGCCCUGUCAGAGAAGGAUAGGUCUCACAUCCCCUACCGCAAUUCCAUGAUGACCUCUGUACUCAGAGACAGUUUGGGCGGUAACUGCAUGACCACCAUGAUUGCUACUGUAUCCGUGGAGAAGAAGAACAUCGGUGCAAGAGUGCGUGAGAAACCCUGUGCUGGCAGUAGUAUUCCAUUAACAGGCAUGCUGGAUGGAAAAGACAGACGAUCUCAUGAAGAUGUCCAAAAGCUGGAGGAGAUGUUGGCACACCGUGAUAAUGAGAUCAGUAUAUUGGUGAAUAUGCUCAAAAGAGAAAAGAAGAAACUUCAAGAUGUCACUUCUCAGAUGACAAAGCCACAGAAUAAAAAUGAAUCACCGACAACGCUAGAGGCAGCAGAGAGUGCAAAAUAUGACAGCUCUAAUGGUGACAUACAUGCUCAGCAUUUGAUGACUGGAAAAAGAGUGCCAGAAUUAUCUGCAGGUCAGCAGGAGGUAUUUGAAGUCUUUCUGAGGGACCAUAAAGAGCAUUUAUCAAUCGAAGAUAAAAGAGCUGUUUUGCAACAAAGGUUUGUUGAAGCUAAGGCACUUGGUGAGCAAGUUAACCAGAUCCGGACCAGAGUCAACUAUCUGAAGGGCGAGCUGAAAAACAGACGAAAGCAAAUGGCAGUCCAAGGCUUAACAGGAAAUCAAACAGAAUCAGAGUUGGAUCCUUUUGAGGAGAAAAUCCUUACCCAGAUAGAGGAGGAGAAGAAGAAUUACAAGAUCACAUCUGGAUGUUUAAAAGAUUUGAAAACAGAGAUUGAACAUCUGCAGCUGUUACUUGAAAAGUCGAAAGUAAAAAUCCAAAGUGACUUUGAGAACUGGUGGACCCAGGAAGGCGCUAGACUACAGGGUCACAGUGGAGAGAACACAGGAAACAAUCGAAGAGGCAUCAGCCCUCUCAGCCACAUGUUAACCAGGAAAAAUAAUCUCAAAGAUGAUGAAUCGGAUCUUCACGAGGGGAGGCAAGGAGAGAUCAGAGAUAAGAGAUCCUUGCCCUCAUGUGAUUUCUCAUCAACCCCUUUUUUAUUAACCGGAGAUAAAAAGACUGAUGCAGAUAUAGAGGCCUUCAUCAGAGCCAGACACAACCUGCUCAACAGCACAGGAGAGACUAAGCACUGAGAAAAAUUACGACCAGGGAACAAUGAACACAUUUUUGUAUAUUGUACAAACCCGCAUGGUAACCGAUUUUUUAUUUUAUUUAUCUUGCUUAAAAUAAGCAGCAUGUAUUUCAGUGUUAUGUAUAUACUGUAGCAACAGUAAUUUUUACAAGCUUUCAAAAAAUCUUAACCUGAUCAGAAAUCUGCCAACCUCUUAAAUGUUUUUUUACACUAUCUAUAUAGAAUUUGUACUCUAAAAUGGUAAUAUUUGCUUAUUUUCUAUACUCCUGCUUUAUAAAUCUGUCAAAUGAUUUAUGUUAAUCGCGUUAUUCGUGUUAUAAUCACGUGACAAAGUAGCUCUUGUUCAUUCAAUCACAAUAAAUGUCUACUUUUUUGAUGUGAGGACAAAGAUUAAAGGCUUGUUUUAUUAGGAGUGAAGAUAAUUGUAGUGUCAAAGAACUUUAUUUAACAGUAAAUAAAUGCUGUUCCAUGAACUACUGCUAUUUAUCAUUAUUAAAUCUCAAA